AUGGGGUGGCUGCGGUCGCUCAUGGCGCCCAUCAAGAAGCUCUGGAUUCGCGUGCAUUCCGCGCAGAAGAAGAAGAGAGGGAUCUACAUCCUGUACGAGGACGUCAAGUCGUGCCCGUGCGAGGACGUGCAGAUCCUCUGGUCCAUCCUCGUCGAGUCCCACCCGCCGCCGCCGCUGCGGCUGAAGCAGUGA